AUGAUUGCUUCCGGAACCAUGGGUUCAUCUCAUUCUUCUUGUGCUUGUGCUGCUAAACGGUUAACAUCCUCCUCGUCUUGUCCGGAACAACAUGGAUCAUCUUCAACAAAGCAAGAAUCUGCAACCAUCAACAAGUCCUCCACCGCCGUUCUAAACGGUACCACAACUCUCAACAAUGAAAGACAAGGCUUCUACCAGAGAGAGUUGCCUGUGAGUUGUAUUGCAUUUGCUUCUUCGGAGGGAAGGAAAAUAUUUGAAGAAAGUAUGAAUGAAGGAAAUUUACAUUCUUUUUAUCCUUUGAUUGAACAAUAUCAUACGCAAUCCGAGCCAGCAUACUGCGGAUUAGGAACUUUGGUCAAUGUCAUGAAUGCACUUAAAAUUGAUCCUAAAAGAGUAUGGAAAUAUCCUUGGAGAUGGUUCUCAGAAGACAUUUUUGAUUGUUGUGUUCCUCUUGAAAUUGUGAAAAAAGAAGGGAUUACUUUACGACAGUUCAGCUGUUUAGCUAAAUGCAAUGGAGCUGCCUGCCAAAUUUUCAGACCUCAAGAGACUUGCUUAGAUGAUUUUCGAAAUGCUAUUAUUCAAUCUAUUAAAUCUAACGAUUUUGAAAGCAAGACAUUGGACCCAUCAUUCAUUGUUGUCAGCUAUGAUAGAGCAACGUUAGGACAAACUGGGAGUGGACAUUUUUCUCCCAUUGCUGCCUAUAAUGCAAAGAGAGACAUGGUGUUAAUUCUUGAUGUUGCAAGGUUCAAGUACCCUCCUCACUGGAUUUCAUUAGAAAAGAUGUGGGAAGCUCUUUACCCAAUUGACAGUGCUACUGGCCUUUCUCGAGGAUUUAUCAUUAUCAAAAGAGACAAUGUCCAAAAAGAGGAUCAGACAAUUUGCUACAGAGUGGUUUUGCGAGAAAAAUGGUCAGAAACGCUUUCUAAGCUGUUAACAUUUACCAGAGCCAUUACUGAAGCAUAUAAGAAAAAAGUUCAGAGUGAAUCUUUACUCGACACAACACCUAUUGAUAUUAGCCAAUUCUGUCAUAGCAUAGUUCAAAUACUGAGCGGAUCAAUUUAUGAAGUUUUGGAGCCACUGCUCACACUUGACAAUAACAUCUCUGAUGAGUUGAAAAAGCUAUGGAACCAAAAUAUGAAUAAUAUAUUCACAGACUUGAGAGAAACGCAAAUAUUCAAAGAAAUUUCCAAGUUUGAGCCGGAUAGAACAAAAGCUAUUAUGAUUUCUGUACUCAUGAUAAGUAUGCCAUCUCAAUUAUUUGAGGAAAUCCCAUUAAGAUUAGCCCAUGAGAAAAUUAAGUCUCCGCUUGACUAUGUGUGCAACUCGAAUUGCUGUAAAACAAUUCUUGAAUCUAACAUUAAUCAAAUUUCUACCCAAUUGAGAGCAUUGCUGGAAUUGAGUCUGGAAAAGUAG